CAGCCCUAGUUUUUAAAGAUUGUUUUAUGUUUCAAUCAAAGUUCUGAAAUAUCCUUGCUUUCUAUUUGAUGGUAUUUGAAUUGCUUUGUUGUUGAAAUGUGCUCUAGAAGUAAUAUUGCCUUGCUUUGCCUGUACAAAUUCCAUUAUUCCUUUCAGUGUCCAGUGUUGAAAAGUGUGGAGUCUGCAUGUUCUCCCUGUGUCGUGGGUUCUGUCCAGGUACCCCGGCCUCCUCCCACACUCCACAGACCACAGGCAGGAUAGGUGAAUUGGUGACUCUAAAAUGGCCCCUAGGAGUAUUUUUGGGAGAGGGAAUGGUUGUCUCUUCAGACCUGCAAUGGACUGGCCAACCAGUCCAUGUGUACUUUGUCUACGCUCAAUGCCUGCUGGGAUUGACCCCCCCGACCCCAACCCCUUCUAAAGGGCAACCUUUACCCAUUCCACAAGGAGGCAGACACAGACUCUUCAGUUGGACUUUGGGAAGCUGAAUUUCCCUCCCCAUUGUAUCUGGCUGUAGCGGGGCAGGCAUAAAGAGCAGUGUGCUGCACGAAUCUUGUCACUGUCACCAUCAUCUUCCUGGAGAAGGAGAAACUUGAACAUAAUCUUUGGAAUCUAAGAAUUAACAGAUCUCAUUCGGUCUUCUCUUUUCCUUUGGGAACCACUUUCUUUUGUCUUUUGGUCCCAUUACGACGUUCACAAUGUCCAUAUUCAUGGCUUCUUCUGCAGUUCCUACUGGGUGCAACCAUCUUUCCACGUUGUGCUCAGGCACAAACUGCCUCGUUCCUCCCAGUAACUUCAAUGACAUGCUGAGCUUGGCGUUGAGCAUAGUGCUCACGGUAAUGCUCGCCAUGGUUAUGUUCUCCAUGGGCUGCACUGUCGAUGCUGAAAAGCUGUGGGGCCACAUCAGAAGACCGUGGGGCAUCGUCAUUGGCUUCCUUUGCCAGUUCGGCAUCAUGCCUUUCACAGCCUUCGCCUUGUCACUGGCUUUUGGUGUGCUGCCUGUGCAGGCCAUCGUCAUCAUCAUCAUGGGUUGCUGUCCUGGAGGCUCGGGCUCCAACAUUAUCUGCUACUGGCUAGAUGGAGACAUGGACCUGAGUGUCAGCAUGACUGCUUGUUCCUCUAUCCUGGCCUUGGGGAUGAUGCCUCUAUGCCUGCUCAUUUACACCUCCACCUGGACUUCUGCCAGCACCGUCCAGAUCCCAUAUGACAGCAUUGGUAUCACUUUGGUGGCCCUUCUAAUCCCGAUUGCUCUGGGAAUAUAUGUUAAACGCAGGUGGCCCCACUGGGCAAAAAAGAUCCUCAAGGUGGGAUCCAUAGCCGGCUUUGCUCUUAUUCUCAUCAUAGCUGUGGUUGGAGGAAUUCUCUACCAGUCCUCCUGGGACAUUGAUCCCUCCCUAUGGAUUAUUGGCACAAUCUACCCUUUCAUUGGUUUUGCCCUGGGAUUCCUCUUAGCCCGCUUCACGGGUCAACCCUGGAACAGAUGUCGAACCAUAGCAUUAGAGACAGGUUUCCAGAACUCCCAGCUGUGCAGCACCAUUGUCCAGCUGUCCUUCAGCCCUGCAGAGUUGGAGGUCAUGUUUUCGUUCCCCCUCAUCUACAGCAUCUUCCAGCUGGUGGUGGCAGUCCUAUCAGUUGGAACAUACCAGGGAUAUAAAAGAUUGUGUCACUCAGCUGAUAAAGAGACUGAGACUGCAUCCCUGGAAGCUGGUGAAGGAGAAUCAGUGACAAAGAAGGCGCACGCCGUGGAGAACAGCGCCUUUGAGUUUGAUGACAAUGGUCACAGCAACGUGAAGGGGAGGGAGGUCAGAGGGAUCACCCAGCUGUGAGAUUACGGAAAAUUUUGAUUUACAGUAUGAACAUCCAGCAUCCGGCCACCAUGACAGCCAUAGGUCAACAGGGACCUCACAGGGCCCCCUAUAGGCUGGCAGUGGGCACUACUGGUCGUGUUCAAAAAAACGUUUGGCAAGGAACCCCUGAAACUCCUCCCUAGUAUAUUCCUCCAACUAAAAUAACUAAUGUGUUAAAUGAUGUUGAGGGCUCACUUUCCCCUUAAUUUAUUCAGAUUUAAUUAUAACCAACUUUUACCGUGUGCGUUGUCAGAAAGCUCUUUCCGCCAAUGUACCUCGAUCAACGCAUUUACUGACGUCUGCUGUACAUUAUAUGUGUAGAAUUCAGAAAAAAUAUGUGAUGGAGUUCAUGUGGAUUACCACAUGUUUAUAAGAAGGUAUUUACUGUAAUGUGUGCUGAACGGUGGAGGAUGAAACUGAAUACUAAUAUACUGUGUUUAUGUGACAGUCAACAUUUAUCUGAUCAAACAAAGAGUCAAAUAAGGAAAGAUGUGUGUGUGUGUGUGUACAUUUGAGAUCCAACGUUUCACUGGGGUCAAACCAUCUAGUAGAGCACAAUGCCUUUAUGUUUUCAAAAUAAGUUUAAAAGUUCUUUAUUAUUCUGAUACUCUAUUCUCAUGUAGCAGGUUAGUAGAGUCUGCACACAGGCCCUGUGUUCUCUGCUCUUUCAGUUACUUAGUUCUUCUACGCCUCAUUUAUGGUAAACAGCUUUUAAUACAUAAACCUGUGGUUUAACAUAUAUAUUUAUGAAACAUAUCUUUUCUUUCCAAUUAUGUUGAAUAUGUUUUCAUCCAAAAACCUG